AUCUGUUUUUAUUAUCAUUAUUAAUGGAAUAACACAUUUGGCUCAAAGGUAUAGUAUUUAUAAUCUAAUAUGAUGUCACGUCUUGCAUUUCGUGCUUGUAGUUCCACUUGAACUUCCUCUGAAUGGUUAGAAAAGGUGCAUGUUUGCAUGUGUGUCUCUGUGCUGCUGGCAUCCUGUUCUGUCCCCGCUGUGGUUUGCAUGAUUCAAAGGCAAUGAUGACGACGUGUCAGAGAGCAGAAAACUCAGUUUAGGUGGAGCUGGACUGUUACUAUCAACUAAAGUAGACCGGACUGAAAGAUGCGCACUUACUGUGUACUUCCACACAUUUUUGCUGCUCUUCUCUUGUGCGAUUAUGGGAUGUUCUCCAUGCCAUCACCAUCUCCUUCAGGGAUGCCCACCAAUGCAAUAUCGAACAUAUCCGACUCUAACACUACUGUGACGACAGCAAAAUCAGUAACAGUCGGGAAUGGCUCGAGCACGUUAGAAUCUGGCUUAGGGAAAAAUCAGUCAAAUGAUUUAAAUGGUAUGGCUGAGAGCAGUAGAGACGAUUUUGAGACUGAAUCUGAAAGGGUGAACGGAAGCACCAGCAGAGUGAUCUCUUCAACAGCACGUCCAGAGAGCACCACAAGCAACGUGAAGCACCAUACUACUCAAGAAAAAAAAGAUUCAGCAUCAGAUACAGGAGCUAUCAUCAUUUUGAUCAUCAUCCUGAUCCUGAUUGGUUUUCUGCUUGGCAUUUUGUAUUGUCUGAGAAAGAAAGGAAGGAGUUACUCAUUUGAUCUGACUCGUGUCGACGUAGUUGCCAAUGAUUACGUUGACACCCCGCUAAGGAGCGACCAACAAGGCAUAAGCUAUGAACAAACUAACAAAGAUCUGCCUGUGUGUUUGGACUAUGUACAAGAGGACACGUCAGAGGAGAAGACUAAUCCCAAAGAAAAUGGGUCUGCAGAAGAGAAAACUGAACAAACACCCACCAAUGAAAAUGAUUAUCAGAAUGUUCCAGAAGAGAACAGUUUCUCUUCAAACUCGAGCUUGGCUGCACCCAUGAAGAACGAGGAGUUUAACCUAUACCUAAAUCUGCUUGGAGGUGAAUCUGACUUAAACGAUUCGACCGAAGCUGAAGCCACCGAUACGGCGCAAAAUGAAAACAACAAUAAUGUCAGUAAUGCUGGGCGGGGAACAGCAGAAGAGAUCUUCACUGAAAUCAGUCUAGACGAGCCAAAGGAACGUGCAUAGUGUGUGUUUCCAAUGCAACAGUCAAGAUCUCGGGUGUUUGGUACCUAGAUUCAAACUAUAUCUGUUAGAGAUGCCUUGAUCCGGACUAUAUGAGUGCAAAAGCAUCCUUUUGCCAUUCUCACUUCAAGUUCUGUUUCAUCUACUGUUAAAGGAGAUUGUAUACUGUUCAUAAAAAAAAGAACAUUGAAUCAUUGGUUGAAGUUUAUGUAAAAAUUGUUAGUAUACAAAUGCUGUAUAAAAUAAUUUGUGGCUAUAAUAAACAUUCACUGUAGA